AGUACUACAAGUACGUUUCAAGCGGUUCUGAUCACCAAUGGGACGGACUCCUAUGCAGUGUUCAUCUAUGAGUGUGGAGGGAUGGAGUGGGGUGGGGCCGAGAUAGGCUGGCAGGCUCCCAGACUCUACGGCAAUAACAAUGUCCAGGAAGCUCACUACCUCAGUGGUAGUGUUGAGUCAGCUGAUAUUGGGUGUCUCUAUUCCAGCAACCACAGUGCCAUUGUCUACAGACUAUAUAGAGCAUGUGAAGCUUUUGAUUGGUUGUGUGACUAUGGCACUUGUGUGGCUGGGCAAAAGAGGUGCGACGGGUAUCGUGACUGCAGAGAUGGUACUGAUGAACAAGAAUGUGAAAACAGAGCAUCUGCUAUCCGAAGAUGUGAUUUCCAGUGUGACAACAGGAGGUGUUUGGGGCUGGUGUACACAUGUGAUGGUCGUGAUGACUGUGGAGACGGCAGUGAUGAACGAGAUUGUGCCACAUGGACUUUGUUGAUCUGCCAGUUGACUCAACUCCCACUGUUCCUCGUGGCUACCGAUUGUCUGCGUCUGUUGACGUGGAUCCUUUUCCUUUUGCACGUGACACCAUUGACACCAUAUACGUUACUAACACAGGGCAGUUGGGAAUGGGAAGCAACAAUGUUAAUCCGGCCAGAAUCCCCAGUACCAUACGGACUGUUGUUCCGUAUAGCUACUACCUCAACAUUAACACAACUUCUUCUGGCACUGUGCUGUACAAGAACUUCACUUCUCCUGAUCCGGAAAUAUCCCGAAUCAACGCCUUUAUACAGUCCCAGGAGAAUAGCAGUUUCAAUGGAACGUACAUGUUAGUGGCAGAGUGGAACAGACUUCCAGUUCCACUGUCUCGAGACCUCAUCAGCAAGAGUACAUUUCAAGGCAUCCUCAUCACAGAUGGCACUGCGUCAUAUGCCGUAUUCAUCUAUGAGUGUGGUGGAAUGGAGUGGGACUCAGCUGAGAUUGGAUGGACAGCUUCUUCCCGUGAGCAUUACAGACGUCAUCCCUAUAGUGGAAGCUCGUAUUCUAAAAACAUUGGCUGUCUCUACUCCACAACAUACAGUGCAGUUUUAUACCAAAUUGAUGGAGAGUGCAAUGCCAAGGACUAUGAAUGCCCCAAUGGAUGGUGUCUGGAGAAAGAAAAGGUCUGCAAUGGAGUCAAUGACUGUGGAGACGGAACCGAUGAACAAGAUUGCGGGUGCAGCUCUGAUCAGUUCACAUGUGAAAAUGGUGAUUGUUUACCCGAACGAGUCAGAUGUGAUGGAGCUGUCCAUGUGGUGAUGGGAGUGAUGAGAAAGAUUGCGGCUGCAGCUUUGUUUGUGAAAAUGGAAAGUGUUUGGAGCUGCUCCUGGUUUGCGAUGGUCACAAUGACUGUGGGGAUAAUAGUGACGAAAUAGACUGCGGCACUUGGAGUUUGUGAAUUUUUCAUCCAGCUCUAAUUUCUCGUAUCUGAUCACCUGCUCUCACCGCCUGAUCCCGUGUCAAUGAAUGCCUUCCGGUUUGGCCACAGCUACAUAGACCAUGUCUAUGUGUCACCUUGGGGAGCGUUUCUGUGUGGGAGAGAUCUACAGAUAUCCAGUCGAUGUGCCAGGUUUCAUCAAAGCAGUUGCUCCAUACAGCUACUAUAUUGACAGAGGUGCACACGGGACAGUGUUCUACCAGACAUUGAGUCCCCAGACAGAGCUAGACAGAGUCAGCGCUUUCGUGGAGUCCCAGACUGAGUACUACUUCAAUGGCACCUCAAUGAUUGUAGGGGAAUGGACCAAAUACACGUGGGGCUUUUUACUUCUGCCCUUACCAAACACGUUUCAAGGGAUAAUAAUCACUAAUGAGACGACCUCCUUUUGCCGUCUUCAUCUAUGAGUGUGGAGGUAUGGACUGGAGUGGAGCUGAUAUAGGCUGGGUCGGAUCGUUUUACCUCUAUGAGAAGCAUCCCUACGGGAAGACGCUAUUCUAAAGACAUGGGAUGCCGCUAUUCCACCACAUACAGUGCAUGUCUACAGACUGGACAGAGAAUGCACGCCGUUUGAGUUUCCCUGUGGUAACGGGUACUGCAAGAGUAUUUAUGAUGUGUGCAAUGGCAAUAAUGACUGUGGAGACAACAGCGAUGAAGCUAUUUGCAAUUACAUUUCGGAUUCAGGACAAACAAAUCCAAUCAGACUGAUCGUUGAUGGAGCUCCAUCCCCAACCAACGAAGGGACUGUGGAAGUGUAUUACAAAGGCAUAUGGGCCACCAUCUGCUAUGAAAACUGGGACUUCACUGAUGCCGAGGUGGCUUGCCGCAUGCUAGGGUUUAGGACCGCCAUCCAAGUCCACAGAUCUAUUUUCAGUCCAAACCGUGGAUAUGUUGUGGGUCUUGACUGUGUGGGGACAGAGAGUGAGCUGAGACAGUGCAGAUUCAGAGGCAUCCUGGUGGGCCGACAGUGUAGAUUUGGAUAUGCCGGUGGUGUCUCAUGUACCAACGACUCGGAAGCAGCUGAGUAUCCAGUUCGUCUGGUUGGUGGGAGUGGUCCUCAUGAAGGUCGUGUUGAGAUCUACUACCAUGGAGUAUGGGGCACAGUGUGUCGAAAUAUGUGGGGUAUUGAGGAUGCUAAUGUGGUAUGUCGGCAGCUGGGGUUUUCUAAGGCAACCAGAGUCGUAGCCUGGAAUGAGUUUCGAGGGGCUGUGGGACAGAUUUGGUUGGACAGUGUUGGCUGCAGCGGCUCUGAGGAGUCACUGGACAUGUGUGGCCACAUGGGCUGGGGUGACCACAAUUUCUGCUCACACUCUCGGGAUGCAGAAGCAGUAUGUGAAGGGUAUGACGGGAGAUAUAGACCAGUCCGUCUUGUGAAUGGGUCGACUGAGUUUGAAGGUCGUGUGGAGGUCCGACUGCAGAAUGAGUGGGGGAGUGUGUGUGGGGACGGCUGGGACCAGAGGGAUGCUGCUGUUGUCUGCAGACAACUGGGCUUUGCCAGUGAAGGAGCUGAACCUCUUCUGUCUGCUUACUAUGGGGAGGGUUCUGGUCUUAUAAUGCUGAGUGAAGUGGAGUGUACUGGACAGGAGCUCUAUGUGACAGACUGUCCAAGCUCUGGAUACUACCAACACAACUGUAAUCACUCGCAUGAUGUUGGAGUUCGCUGCUCUGGUCGUAUUCCAGAGUCAAGGUUUACCAACCCUAUAUGCCUGGUGGUCAAUGGGAGUCAUUUGUCUCAAAACAAAGGCACGAUUGAGAUUUACGACAAUGGAACAUGGAGCUCCAUCUGUGACAUCAACUGGAGUUUUGCUGAUGGCAUGGUAGCCUGCAGAAUGCUGGGAUUUAGAACUGCUAACGAUGUCCACCAUGGAUCUCAUUUUGGUGCUGGACGUUUUAACAUUCUUCUGGAUGGUGUGCAGUGUGCUGGAGACGAAGAUGAGCUGAUAGAUUGUCGACACAGCCAGCAGCUCAGCCGCAACUGUCAUGACCAUACAAAAGAUGCUGGUGUUUCCUGCACUAAUGACACGGCACCAGUCCGUCUGGUUGGUGGGAAUGGUCCUCAUGAAGGUCGUGUUGAGAUCUACCACCAGGGACAGUGGGGCACUGUCUGUGGUUAUUGGUGGGAUAUCAUAGAUUCUCAAUGAUCAGGAGGGGGAUACCAUCAACCCAGAUGGGGAUAGUUGCGCUCUCCACAGCUAUAGCACAGCUACGUAUAACCGUGUCAUGUUUACUUGUUUGUAAACUUAGUGUGCUCACUAGGUUUUAUGCUUAGCAAGUGCUGUGAGCAGUUUCUUGCAUGUGGAUAUUUUACUGCGGUGUACCAAAGGCUCAAUGACGAAGUGGUCUGUAAGGAGCUUGGCUAUCCCCGAGCCACUGAAGUCACAUACUUUGGAAGGGGAACUGGAGCAGUUUGGCUUAGUUAUGUUUCCUGUACUGGACUUGAAAGCUCACUGGAUCUGUGCGUGCAUGGAGGUUGGGGCAGAACCUCUUUCUGUGGACGUGCAGGCGUUAUUUGUGAAGCUUACGACUUUGUGUGCGCCAGUGGAGGCGGUGUCUCUCAGUAUCUUGUCUGUGAUGGUGUCGGUGACUGCCCUGACUCCAGUGAUGAAGAGAGAUGUGUCUAUUUACCUGAGACCCCAGUUCGUCUGGUGGGUGGGGGUGGUCCUCAUGAAGGUCGUGUUGAGAUCUACUACCAGGGACAGUGGGGAACUGUCUGUGAUGAUGAAUGGGGUUUUGUGGAAGCAGGAGUGGUGUGUAGGCAGCUUGGCUAUGCGGGUGUGUGGUUUCCAGCGGUUGGAGCUGCCUAUGGAGAGGGAACAGGGGUGAUUUGGGAUGUGAACUGCAGAGGAUUUGAGAGCUCAUUGGAUGUGUGUCUACAUAACUCGUGGGGUAGUCACAACUGUGACCACUCUCAAGAUGCAGGAGCAUAUUGCCAAGACACAAAACCUGACACAGGGCCACGACCAGUCCGUCUUGUUAAUGGCUCGACAGAGUUUGAAGGUCGUGUUGAGAUCCAGCUCCAGGGUCGGUGGGGGAGUGUGUGUGGAGACGGCUGGGACCAGAGGGACGCUGCUGUUGUCUGCAGACAACUGGGAUUUGCCAGUGAAGGAGCUGAACCUCUUCUGUCUGCUUACUAUGGGGAGGGCUAUGGUCCGAUAAUUCUGGAUGAUGUCGAGUGCACAGGACUAGAAACUUAUCUCACAAACUGUCCAAGUUCCGGAUACUACCAGCACAACUGCAACCGCUCCCAGGAUGUGGGUGUCCGCUGCUCUUCUCAUGUUCCAGAGUCUGAGUUUUCCAAUCCUAUUCGUCUGGUUGUGAACAGCACCACCUUAUCAGUACACGAGGGAACCAUAGAGAUCUACUACAACCACAAAUGGAACACCAUCUGCGACGAAAAUUGGGAUUUCCCAGAUGCACUUGUGGCAUGCCGUAUGCUUGGAUUUAGAACUGUUGCCCAAGUCUAUGCAGGAGCCUUUUUUGGUGCUGGACAUCAAAACAUUCUUCUGAGCAACAUGAGCUGCACAGGAACGGAGCAUGAGCUGAUAGAGUGCCGUCAUAACGGAUAUUUCAACAACAGCUGUAUCCACAGACUUCAUGAUGCCGGUGUCUCCUGCACUAAUGACAGUGCAGCCCCAGUUCGUCUGGCAGGUGGGAGAGUUCAACAUGAGGGUCGUGUUGAGAUAUACCUCCAGGGAGAGUGGGGGACAGUCUGCGGGUGGACUCUAAAUGAUGCAAAUGUUGCAUGUCGUCAGUUGGACUAUAGAUCAGCCACUACGACUGGAUACUUUGGAGCUGGACCUGCAGAUAUUCUCCUUCAAGUGUCUUGUGCAGGGUCAGAGGGUUCGCUGGACCUGUGUCCCCACAGAGGGUGGGGUGUCCACAGCUGUCGCGAGAGGGAAACUGCUGGAGUAGUGUGUGCAGGAUGUGGAUUGAACCAGUUCACCUGUGCAAGUGGAGGAGGAUGUGUUCCCCUGAGCUCUGUCUGUGAUGAUCAUCCUUUUGACUGCCAGGACAACAGCGAUGAAAUUAACUGUGGUUGUGAGUUUGAAUGUGCUGCUGGGGACUGUGUGCCUCUUAGCUCAGUCUGUGAUGGUGUUACUAACUGCUCUGAUUCAACUGAUGAAACUGAGUGUGUGUUCGAGCAUCCAGUCCGUCUGGUUGGUGGGAGUGGUCCUCAUGAAGGUCGUGUUGAGAUCUACUACCAGGGACAGUGGGGCACUGUCUGUGAAAUUAAUUGGGAUAUUGUUGAUGCAGACGUGGUGUGUAGGCAGCUAGGCUACUCUCAGGCCACUAGAGCUUCGGUCAGAGCUGAGUUUGGAGAGGGAAGUGGACCCAUUUGGUUGUCUUACGUGAACUGCAGAGGGUUUGAGAGGUCAUUGGAUCUGUGUUAUCGUGGAGAGUUGGGUGAUAAUGUGUCUGACUGUUACCACUACCGAGAUGUAGGAGCAGUGUGUGAAGGUAAUGAUACAGGACUACUGCCCAUUCGCCUCGUGAAUGGUGCAACAGAGUAUGAAGGUCUUGUUGAGAUCCUACUGGAUGGUCAUCUGGGGAGUGUGUGUGGAGACGGCUGGGACCAGAGGGAUGCUGCUGUUGUCUGCAGACAACUGGGCUUUGCCAGUGAAGGAGCUGAACAUCUUCUGUCUGCUUACUAUGGGGAGAGCUCCGGUCCAAUUUUGCUGAGUAAUGUGGAGUGCUCGGGAACGGAGUUGUAUUUGAAGGACUGUCCAAGCUCUGGACUCUACCAACACAGCUGUACCCACUCCCAGGAUGUUGGAGUUCGCUGCUCUGCUGGCUCCCCAGUCUCUGAGUUUUCCAACCCUGUUCGUCUGGUGGUCAAUGGCUCCCAUGUCUCUCACGACGAGGGUACAGUUGAGAUCUACUACAACGGAGCUUGGAACACCAUCUGUGAUACAGAAUGGGACAUGGCUGAGGCCAUAGUGGCCUGUCGCAUGCUGGGAUUUAGAACUGCCUCCGGUGCUUAUUCCAGAUCUUUCUUUGGGUACGGGCGUCCAUCUCGACUGGAGGAUAACGUGAGGUGUGAUGGGACAGAGAGUGAACUGAGUGACUGCUUCUACGAUGAUCAGUUUCUUUAUGGCUGUGGCUAUGAGAAUGCGGCCGGCAUUUCCUGCACUGAUGACACUGCACCAGUCCGUCUGGUUGGUGGGAGUGGUCCUCAUGAAGGUCGUGUUGAGAUCUACCACCAGGGACAGUGGGGCACUGUCUGUGACGAUGGAUGGAGCUGGAUCGAUGCUAAUGUGGUGUGUAAGCAGCUUGGCUAUUAUGAAGCCAUUUCAACACUGCAUGAGUUUGGACAGGAAUUAUUUUCAAGAAAGAUUUGGUUAAAGAAGGUUGCCUGCACUGGCUCUGAAAUUGCACUGGACUUGUGUCCUCAUGCUGGAUGGGGACUCACCUACUGUGCUAAUAAUCAUGAUGCAGGUGUAGAAUCCGAAGAGUGUCGCAGUGACCAAUUCCGUUGUUCAAGUGGAGGUUGUGUCCCUGGGAGGACCGUCUGCGACGGUGUUGCCCAAUGCAAUGACAACAGUGAUGAGCUCAACUGUGUUUGCCUCCGCUACCAAUAUCAGUGCUCAAAUGAUGAAUGUGUUGAUGGGAGUGAUGAGUGCGAUGGGAAAGAAGACUGUUCAGAUGGUUCAGAUGAAAUGGACUGUUCCGUAAUUGACCCAUCAUCAUCAUCAUCAUUUUCUGGACAAUUUGAGGUUAUGAUGAUAAUCAUCGUCUCAAUAUUAGUGUGCUUGUGCUGUGCUGUUUGCAUACCAGGCGUAAUAGUAGGCUACUACUGUAGUCGCUCAAAGGCGAAAUCCCGACCUACAGCACCAGCAGCUCGAAACACAUUGGGAGUAUAUGAAGUUUCUUUUUUGUCAGGGCGUAAUCCAAUACCACCAGUUGGACCCAGUGAUUUCCCACCAGUUGGGCCCAGUGAUUUCCCUCCAAUUGGACCCAGUGAUUUCCCGCCAGUUGGGCCCAGUGAUUUCCCUCCAGUUGGACCCAGUGUUCACAAUCCAAUACCA